CUUCUUCAGGGCCACCCAACCCACCAACCCUCUCCUUCGUCUCCUUCCUCGCUUCCCCUCCCUAGCAUCCGACGAUCCACCACCGCCAAACAGAGCUUACCUCUUCUUUCCCCAAAUGGCGCUCUCUAAUCUAUCUUCCAAGUCCCUCUACGCCUCGCCUCACCCGCUCUCUUCCAACAAUCAGCUCCAAUCCCACAACCACCAACAACAACCCAAUUUGUCCGUCUGGAAGAGGACUGCCGGCGGAUCCAGAUCCAAUCUCCCGUCCAUCUCCGCCGUUCACGCCGCCGAGCCCGCCAAGAACCCUGUCAAGGCCUCCCCUGCCGCAGCCGCCCCCGUCGCUGCCCCCGCCGUCUCCUCUCCUGCUAAGUGGUCCGUGGACAGCUGGAAGACCAAGAAGGCAUUGCAGCUUCCUGAGUACCCCGAUGAGAAUGCUCUCCAGGAUGUUUUGAAGACCAUUGAGGAGUUCCCUCCCUUGGUCUUCGCUGGUGAAGCCAGGAGCCUGGAGGAGAAAUUGGGGGAUGCCGCCGUUGGGAAGGCGUUCUUGCUGCAGGGUGGGGAUUGUGCUGAGAGUUUCAAGGAGUUCAAUGCCAAUAACAUCAGGGAUACUUUCAGGAUCUUGCUUCAGAUGGGGGCUGUUCUCAUGUUUGGUGGUCAGAUGCCUGUUAUUAAGGUGGGAAGAAUGGCUGGUCAAUUUGCAAAACCAAGGUCUGAUGCAUAUGAGGAGAUAGAUGGGAAGAAGCUGCCAAGCUACAAAGGGGAUAAUAUCAAUGGUGAUACUUUUGAUGAGAAGUCAAGGAUUCCAGAUCCACAGAGGAUGAUCAGAGCUUACUGCCAAUCUGCUGCAACACUCAACCUUCUCAGAGCGUUUGCCACUGGUGGGUAUGCUGCAAUGCAAAGGGUUACACAGUGGAAUCUCGAUUUCGCCGAGCGCAGCGAGCAGGGAGAUAGGUACCAAGAAUUGGCUAAUCGGGUGGAUGAGGCAUUAGGAUUCAUGGCUGCGGCUGGACUGACAGUAGAACACCCCAUCAUGACAACAACUGAAUUCUAUACUUCCCAUGAGUGCUUGCUGCUGCCAUAUGAGCAAUCUCUUACAAGGUUGGACUCGACAUCUGGCCUCUACUAUGAUUGCUCAGCUCACAUGGUGUGGUGUGGAGAGAGAACUCGGCAGCUCGAUGGUGCCCACGUGGAGUUCCUUAGAGGAAUCUCCAAUCCUCUUGGGAUCAAGGUGAGCCAGAAAAUGGACCCAUCUGAGUUGGUGAAACUGAUUGAGAUCCUAAACCCUGCCAAUAAGCCAGGGAGGAUAACAAUCAUUUGCAGAAUGGGUGCUGAGAACAUGAGAGUCAAGCUCCCCCAUUUGAUCAGAGCUGUCCGUAGGUCCGGACAAAUCGUGACAUGGGUCUCCGAUCCAAUGCACGGAAACACCAUCAAGGCCCCCUGUGGGCUGAAAACCCGUCCCUUUGAUAAUAUCUUGGCUGAAGUAAGAGCCUUCUUCGACGUCCACGAGCAAGAAGGAAGCCAGCCAGGAGGAAUUCACCUCGAGAUGACCGGUCAAAAUGUGACCGAGUGCAUUGGAGGAUCUCGCACAGUCACUUUUGACGACUUGAGCUCUCGUUACCACACGCACUGUGACCCUAGGCUGAAUGCUUCUCAGUCUCUGGAGCUAGCUUUCAUUAUAGCAGAGCGACUCAGAAAGAGGAGGAUUGGGAACCGAGGUUUUCUGGGAAUGUAGGCCACGUGCCAAAGUGAUUUGGUGCUGGGUGGUCUCCAUAUACACUGCAACAUACGAAAAGCAGUUGAUGAACUUGGGACAGUGACUCCUCAGAGAAAAGGCAGAGCUGCGUGCCAUGUUAACAACUCAAGCUUUAGAUAAGAAGUGAUGGUCGUCUGAGUUCAUUUCUAUUUAUUCCGUGUCUGUAUGGUGUGUGCAAAGCUGAAAAGCAGGGGCAUUUUUACGAUUGAUGCAGCUCAAUGCUUGUAAAAUUUACUACUUUAGUAGUUUUCAUUUUUUGGUGAAAAUUUCCUUGUAUUUGUGAAUGAACAAGUGCGUUACAAUUAUGGAAUAAGAGUCUUUUUCAAGC